AUGAGAAGCGCUUUUGAUACAAUCCGACGUGAACAGCUUGUUGAUAUUGCAAAGAAAUUCCUCGUCGAAGAUGAAGUAAGAAUGAUACAGUUGUUAUUAAGCAAUACAACUCUAGAUGUGAGAAUAAACAACGCCGAGACAGAGCCCUUCAGUAGCAAUAUGGGCUCACCACAAGGUGAUGCGCUCAGCGGUGUACUGUUUAACAUUUAUUUUGAAGAAUCACUCCGAAAAGUAAGGAAUUUUAGACAUGAGAUUAAAAGUAAAGAUCACGAAGAAAAUGGUAACUGGUCUCCAACAUUUCUACUUCAGGAAGCUAUAUACGCAGACGACGCUGAUUUCCUCACAACUAGUGAAUUGGAGAAGAAUAUCAUCACAGAAAAAAUUGGAGAAAUUCUGCUUAGAGAUAAUUUGAAAGUAAACAACAGCAAAACAGAGCAAACAGAAAUUUUUCGAGGAGACAGAAACACAGAGCGAUGGAGGACAGUUAAAAAGCUAGGCUCUCUGUUAAGUGAUACGGAAGAUAUACAAAGAAGAAAACAGUUGUCGAUAGCAUCCAUGAAUAGAUUAAAUCACAUCUGGAUCAGAAAAGACCACGUCAGCGAAAAACUUCGCCUCAAGCUUUACAGAACACUUGUAAAACCAGUUCUGAUGUAUAACAGCUCUACUUGGGGACUGACACAAAAAGAUACAAAAGGUCUAGAUGCUUUUCACAGACAGCAACUGAGACAGCUAAUAGGAAAAAAGUAUCCUAACAAGAUCUCCAAUCAGAACUUGUACAAAAGAUGCGAAGAAGGACCAAUUUCAAUUGACAUCCUCAAUGGUAGAUGGCGGCUGUUUGGUCACAUAUUACGUUUGUCCGACGAUACACCGGCUGUGAAGGCAAUGAGAUUUUACUUUGAGGGAUCGGAGAGGGGAUUCAGAGGCAGACCUAGAGAAACUCUCGUGACAACCUUAAAUAAAGAUAUCACCAGAGCAAGAGCAAUGGAAAGGUCUUUUCCACUACCGAACAUAAAGAACAAUGGAGAUUUUGAAAAGAUACGAUCCACAGCAAGGGACCGCAAAGAAUGGAGAAGAUUAUCAGAAGUAGUGUGCAGAGCUGCAGAAGCAGAACAAACAUGA